AUUUGUCCCUUGCAACCUGUGGCUGCCCUUCAGGGACCAUACCCCAGCCACCCAGCCACCACGCGCUAGUACUCACUUACUUUUUGAGCUUCAUAUCUUCGACACCCCUACGAAAAUCGUGACGCGUUCCUUCGACUGCCCAUACUUUACCAACCCUACCCCAUCUACCAAAUAGUCAACUUCAUGAUCGUCGUCGCGUCUGACCGUUAGAUUCGGACUCGUUUCCCCCUGUCCAUUCGCGUAGUAUGCCUACAAAGUCCGGCACUUCGUCAUCGAGCAUGCAUACGGCAUCAUCCUUCACCUCGAGCUGGAUCGGCACUUCGCCCUCGAGACAAUCCCCAUCGAGAUCUUCUCAUACCCGAAAUGGUUCUCGUACCACGCCACGGCGGGACGCCGCCCGUCGUUCGACACUCGAUAGAGAUCCGUUCGACAGCCCGGCCCGGCAGAUGCUGCUUGACUUCAGUCAAAUGCUCAUAAGGUCCGACCAAGAAUUCAAUGACAGACUCGAUCUCGACGCUGCACAACACGCAAAGUUACACAAUGAACAAAUCGCUAAAGCAUCGCUCGAACACGCGAAGGUCCGCGAAGGGGCGGAGCGCGAAUGGCAACGACUUCUUCUUGAGCAGGAACUGGCCCGCCGCAAGCGGGAGGAGGAGCAGCUAAAGGAAGUUCAACGUCUGGAACAAGAGAAGGCCAAGAAAGAAGCUGAAGCGCUUCAGCGCGAAUUAGAAGCAAAGCAACGGGAAGAGGAGGCUGCCCGUAGAGUUGCCGAGCAACAAAGGAAGAUACACGAGGCCGAGGCCCGCAUCAAGGCACAGAAAGAGCAGGAAGAGGCUGCUCAGAAGCAAAAGCUCGCACAAGAAGCAGCGGCUAGGGAAGCUCAACAAGCUGCUGUCGCCGCCGAGAAAGCUCGAAUCCAAGCGGUUGCUCAACAGAAAGUCACGGCUCAGCUCCAAACGCCAGCAGCACCGAGCGCACCAGCGCCUGUUGCACCCACAGUAGCAGCCAGCACGCAGGCCGCAUCUCAGCCGGUUUCAGCUCAAGUCGAAGAGCUUCAUGCCAAAUACCUGGAUCUACAUAAACGAAUGAAGGACUUCUGGAAGCCUUUCAAGAAGCAAUGUGCUGUUCCUGGCAAUCCACUCAAAGGACCAGUGGGCGAUAUGCGAAGAGACAUUCGGAAAGCCAUUGGUCAGGUAACCACCAAGAGAGACGAUAGCAGAGCCGUUAUCAAAAAGAUUCGAGAUGUUAUUACUGCGGCGAGGAACGCCGGUGGGCCGACACUCGACAUCCGACCUUUCUUAAUUUCUCAGCAGCUCCCUCAAUUGUCCAACGAAGCCGAAGCACAGUAUCCACAGCUCAUGCUCUAUGCUUAUAUUUGCAUCGAGAAGCAGGUUCUCAAGCAAUUUGAGCAAGAAGCCGCAAAUGAAGACGGCAGAAUCAUCUCGGAGCUCGGCGCCAUUGUAGCCAGUCUGCUCAUCGACAAGAACUAUGUGUGGAGGGAGGUACCAAUGACCGAUCUUAUCCUGGCAAAGAUGCAUCGUGUUUGCCCCAUUCUGUUCGGCAUUCGAGGCAACAUGAGCACGGCAGCUGGUCAGGCGCGUCUGGGCUGGAUCAACAUCGCAGGGGCACCACCAGAAGUCAACAGUUACAACCAACGUAUGCUAGGCUUGGGUGCUGGAUUUGCAGCACUUUCUCUCCGGCACGUACCCCAACCUGCGGUCCCAAUGUCCGAAUAUUGGCGCGCAGUCGCAGCUAUCAGCAACACGCCGGCCGGAGACCUUUUCGGGGGCCACUUCAUGGUUAUGAAGGGUCUACUCAGGGACAAUGCCAAGAAAUUCGUGAACUUCUACGGUGUAGCAGCUGUGGCACUUCUACGCAAAGCUACGUUCACUCUCCCCGCCCGCGCACCACCAAACACAAAGGACGCCGCAAAUCUGGUACAGGUGCUACCGGACGUUUGGAAAGUAUCAAUGGGAUUAUCGUUAGCUUAAGAUCUGCCACCACAACAAACAUUAUUAUUUGCAUUGCAUGGGGAGGAGUACGGGAAAUUCUUGGGAAUAUCUAUUCGUUUUUGAAUGGUUUUGUAACGGCUAGAACAGAUAUGUAAAGUCAAAAUGACCAACACAUGAAAAUGAAAUAGUCAAGCCAGAACUCAUCUAUGCAUCGUGUGCUUCGCAAACAAUCAUCUAUGUCCAAUGCUCAGGUUCAAGUGAUCCGACAAUGGCGCAACCAUCCAAUCCAUAAAUGCAAAACCAUUAGACAAACAGUCCCCAAUUCCAAUUGAUCUACU